CUCGGCUGGACUGCAUUGUAAACUUCCAUGUAGUCCAUGAUUCCCAGUCAAGAUGAUCAGCAUCAUCAUCAUCAAGCACCAGCACCAGCAUCAGCACCUUUGGUGUCUGACGUCUGUUCGCAAGCGCGCAGGACGAACAUGUCUCGACUUUCGAGGUCUUCCCUGCUUGCUUGCUUGUCACCUUGUCUCCGUCUCUCCUCUCUUCUCCGCCAGACUCCGUGUGAACAAAGUAUGCAAAGACGGACACUUGCGUACGUCUCAUCUCGGAGGUUGUCGCAUCUGUCAUCUGUCCCUUUUUUUCACUCCCUCGUUGGCUCCUUCACUAGCGUUCCUGCUAGAACCCACCAAUUGGUUUUCCUCUGGUCAUGUUUCGGUCGCCCAUGUCCAAAGGCUUGGCAAAAGGCUUGUUGGUGGAACUUGGCCCCUUGAAAUCGAAUACCCCUUAGUCGCGGAUAAGACAGUGGCCGCUGCGGCUAAAUCCUUGUCUGUUCCCAUUCCUCUGCGUGCCAAGUCUGUCCUCAUUUACCCUAGUGCUCAAAUUCGGUGAGCAGGGUUGGGGCCUGAUAAUCUCCUGCUUAGGCCCGUCGCCUAUCCCCGUCCGUCCUUUGGCUCUUGGGAUGUGCCAUCCAGUGUUCCUGGCGGCCCUCACGCACCAUCCAUCACUGCGACUCCACGCGUCGGCCUCUCCAAGGUAUCACCAGGUACUAGGUAGUCAGUGUGUCCGUACACACAGACUACAGGAAGGUCGCUGUUGUCGUUCUUGAGAGAGAGCUGCGACGUCAGGUCCAGACUUUGCACCAGUCACCCUUCAAACUCGUUCGCGACUUGCUGUUCCCCCGCUAUUGUUCUUUGUUCCUCGUCUGCGGCGACUCUCUACUGGUCAUCUCUUCUUUUUCCAUCUUCUCAGAGAUCAUACCGACGAAUCAUCUGUGUUUGACAUUGUUGAAAAAGAAGCCCCAUGUUUCCCCACAGAAUCCAAUCAACGACGGGCUACCGAGACAGUAAAGCUUAAACUUUCUGCCGUCUCUCUUCUCUCUGCAAAGUGCUAGGCAGUAGUAGCAGUGAACCACGUCCGCGCCCGCCUAUACCUCCCUUUUGAUGCAACCACGUUGAACGAUCGACGCGGCAGAUACGCCUGGACUCGACCGUUUCAUCGAUCGGGCUCGUCUUUUUCAAGCAGGGGGAGUAGCCGCCUCUCACUACUCCCCGACUUCUUGGAACGGAAUUCCAGACGACUCCGUUCACCCGGCUUGCCAAAAGUGCGCCGUGACUUCUCUAGGAGACUCCCUCUGGAGAAAGGGCCCCAUAACCUUCCAGAGAUCCCGAGCCGAGGGCAGACAAACUGCAUCGUCAAAACCGUCAGAACACGGGAGGCUCUCGAUACAAUUCCAGAAAUGAAUAGCAACACAAGGCAUGUAGCGGAGGAAACAACGCGGGCGAGGACGUUGGGAAACGUUCGUUUGAGGCAUCCAGAGACCAACGAGAUCAUAUUGAUUCCGACGCCAUCAGCAGAUCCAAACGACCCCUUAAACUGGCCACAAUGGUACAAGUACUACAUGGCGGGGUUGAUAUGCUUCGCCAUGAUGAUGUGCAACUUUCUGGCAGCGGGACCCUCGAUCGCGUUGCUAGAUACAGCCUUGGAGUUCUUCCCGGCAGCCGCCACCGAUACUAAUGUUCUCAGUCUCGCAAUCGCCAGAACUGCUUACUUCUUCACGACAACCGCCCUGCUCCAGGGGGUGGGCAACUUCUUCUGGGUGCCGCUCGCCAACAAGUUUGGCCGACGGCCAGUCUACGUUGCGAGCUACUCCAUCUACUUUGCAUGCACGAUAUGGCUCAUUUUUGAUCACUCGUACGGUGGCUUCUUGGCCGGCCGGAUCCUGAUGGGAUUUGGCGCUGGAGCCGCGGAGACGAUCGCGCCUAUCUCCAUCGCUGACGUUUUCUUUCUGCACGAAAGAGGAACCAUCAUGGCACUCUAUACCGCGUUUCUUUCUGCGGGCGUCGGCUUUGGCCUGGUCAUUUCAGGUCUCAUCACCAUCAACCAUAACUGGAGAGUCAUCUACCAAGUUUCUGCCGCUUUGGUCGGCGUUGUGCUCCUACUAGCAUUCUUCACCUUCCCCGAGACCGCCUACGAGAGAGACGAAGCGAGUGCUUGGAACCGCCUGGGUUCGAUAGACGGGAGCAAACCCGGGUCGGUGAGGUCGGAAGGCGAGCUGCCCGCUCGUCCGCUAGGAGCUUCGACGACAACGACAAGACGCUCAAAGCAAUCAUACCUUUCUUCGCUGAAAAUCUUCAACAAGACGCUGACGCAGGAGAGCCUCCUAAAGCUCGCGCUGCGGCCCCUGGGCCUGAUUCUCUUGCCGCCGGUCCUCUGGGCGGCGCUGGUGCAGGCCGUGACGGUCGGUUUCCUUGUCGCUGUGUCUUCCAAUGCCGGUUCCGCCUUCUACACGGCCUAUGGAUUCGAUUCGUGGCAGAUUGGCCUCUGCUUCAUUGCCGGCAUCCUCGGUGCGUUGCUCGGUAUCCCGGCGGGCGGGCAUCUUGGCGACAUGAUUGCGGAUUGGUUUACCAGACGAAACGGCGGGAUGCGGGAUCCGGAGAUGCGACUGCCUGGCAUGGCCAUCAGUAUGGUUACGACGCCGUUGGCUCUCGUCCUCUACGGCGUCGGCAUCGAUAGCCAGCUGCACUGGAUCUGUCCCACCAUCGGCCUUGGACUUCUUACCUUUUCCAUCUCCCAAGGAACGAACAUUUGUCUCGUGUACGUGAUUGAUGCCUACCGGCCCGUCGCCGGCGAAAUCACCCUGGCCGUCAUGGGCUUCAAGUCACUCUUCGGCUUCCUGUUGUCCUUCUACACGAAUACCUGGGUUGAAAAGGCAGGGUACGACAAUGCCUUUGGGGCCAUGGCGGGCAUCGCAUCUGCCGUCUUGGUCCUGUGGGUGCCGUUAUUCGUCUGGGGCAAGGCGAUACGACACGAGUCGUGGAAGUGGCCGAUCAUCCGGUAUAUCCAUUGGAACGAAGACAGGGAGGUAGGGGAAUAAGAAAAGAGACGAUGGAGAGAGAGAGAGAGAGAGAGAGAGAGAAAGAGAAGAGACCGGAUGAAGUUGUAGUUUUCUUGUACCCAUCCCACACCGAUACCUUCACGGCAGCACACGUAUAGCAAGGCGUUUCGGUACUUAUAAGAAUUGAGUUUUCAUAUUAUGACGAGAAAAAAGAAGAGCAC